GCUACAGCUGAAUGAUGUCGUGGAGCUUUGGUAACGUUUGCAUCUGCCUCUGCUUUGCUUCUUGUUGUGUAGUUAGUGCAGCAGCAGUGAUCCAUGAAUCUGGAUAUGAAGGCAAAGGAGUUAAUAUUACUUGCCACUAUAAUUCCCAAUAUGAGAGCCAUGAGAAGUAUCUAUGUAGAGGUGACUGUAACUAUGAUGCAGAUAUUCUGGUCAAGAGCACUGAACCACGGAGAGGUAGAUACUCCAUCAGUGAUAAUAAACAGAAGCAUGUUUUCGUGGCGACCAUUUCUUAUCUAAGUGCUAAGGAUGCCGGUAAAUACUUGUGUGGCGUGACCAAGGUUGGAUAUGACCACUUCCCUUCAGAGGUAUCAUUGAAAGUAAAACAAGAGUGGUGCUGUGUGAAGACCAACAAUAUGAGUGGGAUUAUAGGAAGUCCCAUUACGUUCUCUUGUCCUUAUCCAACACAACACAAGAAUAAUAGGAAGUUCAUCUGUAAGGGAGAUCACCGUGACAGCUGCGCUGAUGUAAUGAUAAUUGGAAACAGGUUCACUCUGCAAGAUAACGUCUCUUCGAGCUCUUUCACAGUGAUGGUCACCAGGCUGGAAGAAGGGGAUGGAGGAAUGUACUGGUGUGGUUCAGACGCAAAGUGGACUGCAGGAAAUUAUACUAAUAUUCAACUGACAGUCGAGUGGUGCUGUGGGAAGACAAUCAACAUAAAGGGCAAUCUGGGAUAUCCCCUUAGUUUUUCCUGCCCUCAUUCACUAGGACAUCAAGAAAAUCUGAAGUUAUUCUGCAAGGGGGAUCAACGCAGCAAUUGCACUGAAAUGUUAAGGAGUCAAAGCAGAUUCGUUCUGCAAGAGGAAACGUCCUCUAGCUCUUUUUUGGUGAUGGUCACAAAGCUGGAAGACAGUGAUGCCGGGACAUACUGGUGUGGCUCACAGUCAAAGUGGAGUUUUGGAAAUUAUACCAAGAUUGUGCUGUCCGUAGAGUGGUGCUGUGUAGAGACAAAAAAGAUGGGUGGCAUUGUGGGAUAUGCCUUUGAUAUGUCUUGCCCAUAUCCACCACAACAUUGGAAUGAUGAGAAAUUUCUCUGCAAAGGAGAACACCGCAACAGCUGCACUGAUGUGCUGCUGAAUCAGAGCAGAUUCACUCUCCAAGCUAAUGAGUCCGCCAGUUCUUUAUUUGUGAAGAUCACAAAGCUGGAAGAAAGUGAUGCUGGGACAUACUGGUGUGGUUCAGAUCCAAACUGGAGAGCUGGAAACUACACCAAGAUUGAGCUGUCAGUAGGUCCUUCCACUCUUAAAAUUGUGGUUUACAUCAUUCCUGCUCUCCUCCUUGUGCUUUUAUUUAUUGCAGUGAUUGCAGUAUAUAAAUGCACACAAAAAGGAGCCACAAAAGACAAGAAAAGGAGAAAGCUCGAAGCUCUACAAACGAUUUCUGAAAGGCCAGAAGAUUACGUUUACAAGAGCUCCAGUCACAAUUAUAAAGCUGUGGAUUUCCAAGAACAAGUUUAUGAAAACCUCAAAACAGAAAACGAUAUUUCCUCUGUUUAUAUGUAAUGCAGGGCACCUCAUAAAGAGUGAUUUGUCAUUUAACCCUGAGCAUUUGGAAUUUCUGGCUAAAGCUUCCUUUCUAUGAUAUAGAGAACAUAUUAUUUAAAACAACUCAAGCAAGCAAAUGUUGUAUAAAAAGUUUGCAAUCAUACAACUGUAGCCCAACUGGUAGUUUUUUUUUUUUUUUAUAAACAACACAAAUACAGUAUGUGUUCAUAAAUAAGAGAUUAGUAGAAACAACAACCCAAUUUGAAAGCUCAAAUGCAACCUUCAAAUAUAAAAAUUUUUUUUAGCAAAGCUGUUUGGUAUAUCCAUUUAACAUGAUUGUAGUUAUAAGAUGAAGUCUCAUCAGUUUACUUCGGGACCAAAGCGGCUUGGAGCUUUAUUUACUCUGCUGUGCCAUUAAAUGGACUGUAAAUGUGAAAGCAGGCAGAGAACUUGCAAUUAUACCUUUGAUCGGGAGUGUGAAGCUUUUGAAAUAAUUGCCAACGAAUAAGAAGACAGUGGAACAGUAGAAUAACAUCAUAAUCAAGUAUGAUGUACAUCCCUUUUUUAUUGACUUCACCAACCCUCACAGUACCUCUCCAAUAGGCCCUUUUAUAGAACUUUUGUUUCCAUUUUAUUCACUUAUAGCUGGAGUUGUGGCAUGAAGCUAAGCCUCUGCAAAGUAAAAAGAAAAAAAAAACAGAAACAGCUAUGCUAAGCAUGUCCUCCUACAUAAACUUUGAGCUAUCUGCACAGUUUUCAGUUUGAUCCACCCUCACCAUUUUGGUUCUUAAUAUUUUGUGGCCAAUUGGCAAACAGCAGGCCAUACACAUCAUAUGGCGGCCUUGUUUGGCCUGUCUUUAAUGCCUCCUGAGCCAGGGUAAAAAAUGUAUCAGUAAAAAUAGUCACAAAGAAGGUAUAGUAGAAUGGGGCCAGUGAAAAAGAGGCUAUCAUUGUGUCUUUCUGUUAACAUGAUGGCAUAGAUGGAUUUAAACAGAAGCGGGAAGUAGGUUGUGAUGUGUAUGUUUUUUUGUUCUUUUAUUUGUGAAUGUAUGAAUUAUGCAAAAAAAUGCAAUUAUUUCAAUGUUAAGUUUUGCAAAAGUAAGGAGUCUCUUUUUUUGUUGUUUUAGUAUAAACUUCUGCUUCUCAUUUCUUUUCUAUCAGGAUUUGAAUAAUACUUACAUCAACACAAGCUUCUUUAUAUGCUCAGUAUCUUUCUGGGUUUUGAAAAUAUUCCAAAGCCUUGACAAAAAAGAAAACAAAUAAGCCCCUUUUACCACUUUUUGGACUGCAUACUCACUGGCUUCCUGUUGGACUGAUGAAGCACAACCCAACUCUAUUUAUGAAGCUCUAUUAAGCAACCACAGCUGCCACAAAGUGCUAUACAUACCAAGUAAAGUUAAAGUUGUAUAAUAACAUAGAAGUUUAACGGAUUAAAACAAAUAUAAUAAAAUAAAUGCAUUAAAACAAA